AUGGAGGACCAGCUGGUUCAGCUCCUUGCCAACACCCAGCUGUCUGAGCAGGGUCCCAGACAGCAGGCCGAGAUCGAGCUCAAGCGCGCCCGCUCCAAUCCCGCCUUUCCCCUGUCCCUCGCCAACAUUGCCUCCCACACCUCGAUCGAUACAAGCAUUCGCCAAUCUGCCCUUAGUAAUUUGCGGAUUUUCAUCGAGAAGAACUGGAGCGACGACGAGGCCGAUGACGAGCCUGCACUCCCUAUCGCUGAUGACGUCCGGGGCCAGUUGAAGCAGGUCCUGCUCGACCUUUGCUUGAGUCCUGAGGGUGACCGCAAAGUUAAGCUCGCUGCGAGUUACGCUGCAGGCAAGAUUGCCGUGCACGACUUCCCCGAACAGUGGCCCAACCUCCUUCCCACUAUCCUCGCUGUCAUCCCCACGGGUACCGAUGCCCAGCUCCACGGUGCAUUGAGAGUCCUCAGUGACCUCAUCGACGAAAGUCUCAGCGAAGACCAGUUUUUCUCAAUGGCUCGUGACAUCACCAAGGUCCUGACUCAGGUCGCUCUCGACGAAAACCGAAAGCCCAUGCUUCGAGCCCUUGCUAUUUCCACUUUCCGAGGAUGCUUCGACCUUAUGAAUAUGAUCAAGGAGGACCACGCCAAGGAGGUCAAGGCAUUUGCUGACGAGCUUCUGACCGAGUGGAACCCCUUUUUCAUUACCGUUCUGGCAAGCCGCCUGCCUGAGGCCGACCUAACCCAGGGCUCUCAACCUGAUAGCUGGAACAGCAUCAUUGCGCUCAAGCUUCAAGUUGUCAAGACCCUGUUGAGAAUCCGACGCGUUUUCCCCAACCUCCUCCUUCCCCAGUGCACCACCUUCUUCCGCGCUGUUUGGGAGGAGCUUACUUUGAUGCAAGUACCCCACGAGCAGCUUUAUAUCAAUCAGGAUGCACAGGGACGACUGGAGGACUCGGAUAGUCUCCCCUAUACUCUGGACUUCCUCGUCCUGGAAGAGCUGGAUUUCUUGAACCAGUGCUUCAGAGCUCCUCCCGUCCAGGCUGAGCUUGACGGGCAGCUCCAAGGCCACGCUUCGGCCCACGAGGUGCCCUGGAUGAUGGAGAUCAUGAAGAUGCUCGUUGGUUACUCACGUGUCACUCGGGAAGAGGAGGAUCUGUGGGAUAUUGACUGCUCCCUGUACCUUGCCGAGGAGACAUCUGUCACUGCCAACUACACUGCACGAACUGCUGCUGGUGAUCUCCUUAUCAAGAUGGGAGAGUGGUUUGACCAGAAGACGAUUGAUGGUCUAUUCGGCUACACCAAGACCCUAUUUACCGGCGAAGGCUCAUGGCGCAGCCAGGAGGCAGCCCUCUAUCUGUUUGUCAUGCUGGCUAGCGACUUCCAUGACAUGCAGAAGCCUAUUUCUAACCAGGUCGCUCAUGCGUACUUGGAGUUGGUAAACUAUGCCAUCAAUAGACCCCAGGAGCCUCUCCUCGGUGCCAGAGGAUAUUUGGUCGCCGGCGUCCUCUGCAAGUUUUUCGAGACCCCCGUGGAGCUCUUGGACCGCAUCAUCACUUGCAUCACCCGCGAGGAGUCCGAGGUCGUUCAGGUCGCCUGUGUCAAGGCCGCUGAAGGUUUGACUAGAGCCGGACGCGUCACUCCCGACAGACAGAUUCCUAUCAUCAAUUCCAUCCAGACCUACAUGAACAACAAGGAUCCUAGCGACAUGGAGGAUGCAGAUGAGCUUUUGUACACACUCGCCGAGGCUCUUCGCGCCGCUAUCAAGAUCGACACGCGCAUCGCUCUCUCCAACGAUGUGCAGUCCGUUGACCUCCUUUUCAGACUCGCCCAGUUGGGAGCUAGCAACUUCCAGGUUACCAUGAUUGUCUCUGAGGCGUUUGAGGAGAUCGUUGGCACCCUUUCCAACCCCGAGUCCUACGCCGGUCUGUGCAGCAAGAUCCUGCCUACCCUUACCGGGGCCUUUGAUGUUGCUAACCUUACGGAGGACAACCCUCUGGUUACGGUCGCUGUUGAGUUGCUGGCUGUCUUGGCUGAGCAUGGAUCAGAGCCCCUCCCCCCUGGCUUCGUCGCUGCUACGUUCCCCAAGCUGAACCGCCUUCUGAUGGAGUCCACGGAAGGCGAGGUUCUUCGGCCUGGCUGUGAGACUGUCAAGUGGAUCCUGCAGCACGAUCAUCAGCAGGUUUUCAACUGGCAGGAUGGCAAUGGCCGUUCUGGCCUCGAAGUCUGCCUGCACAUCAUUGACCGACUGCUUGGUUCUUCGAUCGAGGAUAACUCUGCUUCUGAGGUUGGUGGCUUGGCUGCCGAGCUGGUCGAGAAGGCUGGUCAAGAGCGCCUGGGACCAUUCCUCCCUCAGCUCCUCCAGGCUGUUGCCAACCGACUUGCUACGGCUGAAGCUGCAGCAUUCAUCCAGUCUCUUAUCCUUGUCUUUGCCCGCCUGACCCUCUCCGGCGCCAGCGACGUUGUUGACUUCCUGAGCCAGAUCCAGAUUAAUGGUGAAAGCGGUCUCCAGGUUGUUCUCGCCAAGUGGCUCGAGAACUCGGUCAACUUUGCUGGUUACGACGAGAUCCGACAAAAUGUGAUUGCCCUGUCAAAGCUCUACUCCCUCAACGAUGCCCGCCUGGCACAGACCAAUGUGAAGGGCGACUUGAUUGUCAAUGCCAACGACGGUCGUAUCAAGACGCGCUCGCGCGCUAAGCAGAGUAUGUACUCAUCGACUCGAGAGUUUUCCACUGCCUCCAUUCUAGAUACUCUCUACCUCCAAUACAUGGAAGCUCAAGACGCUAAUCAACCGCCACCGUCAGCAGACCCUGAUCAGUACACGAUUGUUCCCGCUUCGCUCAAGAUCAUCAAGGUUCUCAUUGAGGAGCUUAUUUCUGCAUCUGGCCAGCGGGCUGCUUCAAAUGCGGCCGCGGCGGCCAUGGCUGCUGCCAGAUAUGACGACGAACUGAGCGACGACGAGGGCUGGGAGGAUGAUGAUGGUACACUCGACCUGAGUCUCGGCACCACCAAGGCCGAACUCAUGUCGUUCAGCGAGGUUGGCCAGCGACAGCGAGAUGACGAGACCCAGGCUUACCUGGCCGACUUCUUCCUCCGCUGUGGCCGGGAGAACACUGCCAACUUCCAGGAUUGGUACAACAUGCUGACGGAGGACGAGAAGACGAAGCUGAACGAGGUGGCAGCAGGGCAUUAG